GUCCCACUUGAUGCCUUUGCGUUCGAAGCCUUAACCUAUAAAUUAGGAUAUGUUAACGUUUAUCGUUAGUUUAUUAAAAAAAGAUUUCAGCCUAGGUAACUCGGGAUUGCGAAGUUGUCCUUGUUAAUUGGGCAUCAGAAUAAAUUCAAAUUAGAAAAGGGCACACGUUAAAACUAGGUAACAACACUAUAGCAGUGCUGAGAGAAUGGACAUCACAUUGGAUGAUCGCUUAGAUACUCUGCAGCAGAUAAGUCAGCGAAAGCUUGUUGAUAUGUUGGAGAAUGUAUCAGGAAAAAAAGACUUGAUUAUUGAGCCCAAGUUAAUGAAAACUCUUGAGUGUUUUAUAGGUGUUACAGCUCUCAGGCGUUAUGGAGUUGAUAAAAUCUUUAAACUUGAGGAGGGGCUUAAAGCAUCCAACACCCAGCGCAUAUUUCUAGUAUCCGGUGAUCUAAUCGCUUGCAAGAGAGUUCUUAACCAGAUACACGCCGAGUUUUCCCAAAACCGUGGACUCUCGCAUCAUUUGCUAGUCGUUCCGCGUAUUCCGGCUGCUUUGGAACUGUUGGUAGAAGAAGAAGGCCUCCAUGAGCUGGUUAAACUUCGUUCACUGUCCUGGGAAUUCAUUAGAUCUGAUGGCAAUGUGUUAUCACUGGAAACCCGGAUGUACGCUGAUUUGUAUUAUCACAGAGAUACGAGCCUCUUGCCUGCCAUUGCAAAGAACUUGUGGUCGCUACAUAUGAUCGUAGGUCGACCUAAGGUCACCUUGUGUCUUGGCAAAUAUAGUAAAAUAGUUUUGAAAAUGACAGAAUCAAUGGAGGAGUAUUUUUCGUCCCAAAAUCCCGCCAGCCAGUGUGGUUGCAUGAUAUUAAUGGAUAGAGCCCAUGACUUACCGUCUGCUCUUCUCACCCCUGUUACAUAUUUGGGCCUAAUGGGAGAAAUUUUGGAAAUUAAGGCUGGCACUGCAUACUCAAAGGGCUCCCAGACCAAAUUAAAUCCAAAGACUGAUCAGGUGUACGGGGAAGUUAGAGACAGACACUUUAGUCACGUUUUUCCAUACCUUCGUGAUAAGGCAAAGCUGCUAAAGUCGGAGCAAGAAGCUACUCAAACUAUGCAGCUGGCAGAAAUGAAACGCUAUGUCGCAACCAGGCUCUCGAAAGUGACAGAAGCCAAGAGACAGCUGGGGUUUCACAUUGCUGCAUGUGAGACAAUAGUUGGAGAGCUCGGAGCAGCUUUUGAAGCUUUGCAGUCAGUUGAAAAGUCAAUACUUGAGUGUCGCAGGAGAAAGGAGUGUUUAGAAUACAUCGAAACAAACAUAGAUAAGCAUCCUCUGCGCAGCCUCAGGCUGCUCGCAUUGCUGUCUGUCGUUAGUGACGGAGUAACCCAAAGUGAAGUGAAACCGAUUCAGACGGCUUACCUACAUGCUCACGGUUAUCAAAAUAUCCCCAUGUUCUGGAAGAUGGAACAGGCAGGACUUAUCGCUUACCGAACCGAUAACGUUCUCCAAAAACUUCCCAAGUGGAGCAGCGAAUGGGCUACUGCUGCCCAAAGACUAAAACAACUCCCAAAUCACACGAAACCUCUAGAUCUGAAGUCUCCGACAUGCUCGAGCUAUGUUUUUGGCGGCUCCUAUAUUCCGACAAUAGCACAGCUGACAAGGUUUAUUCUCAAUCAAGAAACCGACACGAAAAGUUUGAACUACUUACACAGUUUGCCGAAUUUCACGUUAACCGGGCAACAGGAAGCCGUGCAAACGGGGCCCGUGAUCAUUUGCAUUGUCGGUGGAAUUACGUACGGAGAAAUAGCGGCUUGCAGGCUGAUAGAACAGUCAACCGGAAGCCGUUUCGUAUUUGCGUCGGACACGAUCUUCACGGGAAAUCAACUUCUCGAAAGCAUUAAGAAUAUCUAAGUAUAGAAUACAUUUUACAGUUGCGCUGUAUCGUCGAAUAAAAUUAGGGUUUUUUUUUUUUUUUUGGACAUAUAUGGCUAAUGAAUUUGACGUAUCAAUCGGAGUCAUAAAAAAUCGUCGAUUACUUUCAUAUAAUAAGGCCAUGAGUUUUUCGUACAGACGGGUAUUAAUUGUAUUCGGUUGAUACUACAACCGCGCCCACGUGUUUUCAGCGCAGGUACACGCAUGUAACAGUCUGUGUACGUGGGGCAUGAAUCGAGGAUCAGAAUGCGCGUCUCUAUGCGGCAUAUAAGAUACGAUGUCAACGUAUAAUAAUAGCCGGCAUUCGGACGAAACGGUUAUUGAUUUUUCUCGUUAGUUCUAUCGUAGUGCGCAUAUGCACGUGCCUCCUACUCGAACGAAGGGAGUGAUCAACCCGGUCGGCGGGAGGGACAAGAGGGUGCAGCCGUUACAUUCGGUUAGCAAAAUUGAUUGUCAAUAAUCGAGUUUUGCUGGAUAAAAUUCAACGCCAUCGAAUCGCCCUGUAAUAAGUAAUUUGCGUAACAAUAAAACCGGCGAUAAGAUCGUA